GCGGAUUGUUUUCCUCUGUCAAAACAACUUGUCUCACGUGACUCCCUGACGUACUGUCCUCCACUCUGCGCUGAUGCAGGGGGGGUUUCCAUCAUGGCGUCGAUGCAGAAAAGGCUACAAAAGGAAUUAUUAGCCCUGCAAAAUGAUCCACCCCCUGGAAUGACUCUUAACGAGAAAAGUGUACAGAACACCAUUACACAGUGGAUUGUAGACAUGGAGGGAGCACCUGGCACACUGUAUGAAGGAGAGAAAUUUCAGCUGCUUUUCAAAUUUAGUAGUCGGUAUCCUUUUGAUUCACCUCAGGUAAUGUUCACAGGAGAGAAUAUACCUGUCCACCCUCAUGUGUAUAGUAAUGGUCACAUCUGUCUAUCUAUACUGACGGAAGAUUGGUCGCCCGCCCUCUCAGUGCAAUCAGUUUGUCUUAGCAUUAUCAGCAUGUUGUCCAGCUGCAAAGAAAAGAGACGACCGCCUGAUAACUCCUUUUAUGUAAGAACGUGUAACAAAAAUCCAAAGAAGACAAAGUGGUGGUAUCAUGAUGAUACAUGCUAAUGUACAAACUUUGUAAUAAUCGUAGAAGAAAGAAGUCCUACUGACCUACGUAAAGCACUUUUUAAUCAUUCAGUCUUUGAACUCUGACCUUUGACUGGAACAAUGGACACCAUGCGCUGGAGGCUCUUGACUGCAUUUCCCCCGUGGACAGUUGGAUGCAUGUUUUUUAGGCGGUUGUAAUAUAGAGAACGAAAAUAACGGAGCGUUUAGAUGCACCCAAGAUGGAUCGUUUUUGGCGUAAAACUAGUAAUGCAGCAAGCGAGCAAGGUGGAUUUGUAGUGAGAUAAUUAUAAUUCCUGUUUUAAGAUUAUUAUUGUUACUUUUUUGUUUGUGUGUGUGUGUGAGAGAGAGUGCAUUUUAAGGUCCUAGUUGUGCAAUAAUAACUGAUGGAUGCAUGCUUGGGCCUACAAAGAGAAAAUCCAAAUUUAAUCGUUUUCUGGAAGGGAUCUGACCAUCAAAACCCCAAGAAAAUGCUUCAUCUGAUUUUUUUUGUUUGUUUGUUUUGUUUUAUAAAUUAUAUGCACUGUGAAAGGUAUCUAGUUUAAAAAAGGCACUAUUGGUAUGUUAUUCCCAGCUUGCAGUAGUGCUGUAAUCAGUCCUCCAUUUAUUUAUCAGGUUAAAGGCUUAUAGUUUGCAACACUGUACCAAGAGUAAAAACAGUUUUCUUCUUCAUCUUCCAACUUGAGACCUGGCUGCAGUUCUUCCUGCCGUCGGACAGGAUGGGUAUAAUACAGACGCGACGAUAGAUGUCUUAGUCAGCAGAUGACCUCAGUGUGCAUCUAUUUCCUCGUAAAGUUGGGCUGAACUCAUGUAGUGUUCGCUAGUCCAGCCUUGAAGAUGUGCAGUGACCACUCUCUUUCAUUUAAAGAAUGUCCGUAAGAGAACAUUGUUGCAUGAUCCAUUUUUAUUUGUAUGAUACUUAUUUUUAUUUUUAUUUAAUGCUUUUACUCUUCUAAAAUGUUUUGAUUUUUAAAUAUCUUGAGUUCCUUUUUUUUGUACUGUUUUCAACUAGCUCAUACUUUGAGUGGGGGUGUUUGUUUGAUGGGUCAGUAUGUUUAGGGUUAUUAUUUUCCUGUAUUAUUUAAUUUAAAUCUUUGUUCUCCAGAACGGUAAUGAAUGACGAAAAGGAGUCUUUAUAGAAAUCUUAAAGACGAGGCUUUUGUGACCCCCCCCCCCCCCCCCCCCCGUCAGAGUUUUGGCUCAGGUACUUUUUUCAAUAAAGAGAUCACCUCUAAAAAUAUACCUAUCAGAUAUUUUGAAUUUAACUAUAUUUUCACCAAAAGAGACUGUUAUGUUGUAAACUUAUAACAUGUCUGAAACUGAUGUAUAUAAGUCUUUGCAUUGUUGGAUGAUGUGAAAGAAAUUAGCAGAGGAUGCAUUUACUUUAUAGUAGAAUGAUAAUAGGAGUGCUUUAUUUCAUUAGAAGUUCGCCUGCAUCUUUUGCUAAUAAGGAUAUGUACAGUUGGCAACUACUGUUGGUUUAAAAAUAAUAAAAAGGUUUCGUAGUUUUACAGUGGGGGUGCAUGCAAUUUUAAACCCCGCUUUUUUCUUAUUGGCAUCAGACAUUGUGGCAACUUUGAAGUCUGCCUAUGACUUAGAGAAUGGUUUAUAGGAUGGAUAUUACAAACCUCACCUCCGGAGGCUGCGUGGCUCUUUGUCAUUUCAGACUGUAAUCGCUCCAUUCCACUAGAAAUGUUUUAUCGCCAUCCAGUCAGAGAUACUUGAAUUUUCCAUCUUGGGUUUGUUUGUAUUGCAUUUGCUUUUUUCCAGGGUCUAGCUGAGUUAUUUGAAUGAACCUGAGUGAAUGUGAUGAUACUCUAUACUGUAGAGAAGAUUACCAGAGCACACCGCUAUCUCAAAAACUAUAUUGAUAACUUAAAGACAUCUAUUUAACCAAUGAUUUUUUUUUUUAACUUUUUUUUUUUUAUUAUUAGCUUCAUUGUAAUGGUCUGCUGUCACCAUGCUGUGAGGAAAAAACACAAUAGGACUGAAAUGAUUGUGGAAAUGCAGUCACAACAGCAUUUGUGAGGGAUCAAGAAGCCUUCUCCCAGUGGCCAGUGGAUCAGUAGAGGUUUGAAGAACUUGCGAGUGAAUAUGUUACAUGGGUUUGGAUGCGACAUGGUUUUUUUUUUUUUUUUCUUUUUUUUUUUCUUCCUUGGUUUUUCCCAUUUCAAUGUGGUUUGAACUCUUAGCUUGCAGGUUGUUGUGAGUGAUCAACACUAAUGAGGGUGUGUUAUUUAUAUUUGAAAUUUUGUUCUGGGAUGUGCAAGCUCCAUGUAAUAGGUGCCUGUUCAUUUUCAUAAUCAAUAAUAAAAGCAAAGAUUCACUUUUAUUCAA